GUAGACGCAGGAACUCACCGGGAGGGACGCUUUAAACUCUUUAUUUAUUUAUUUGUGGAGUAUUUAUUGUGUUUGUGUGAAAGAUGAACGGAGUGACCAGAAGCCUGUGCACGUUUGAGGACAUCAGAAGUCCAGAAUAUGGGGAGAGCUGCAGGCGGCUGAGGCUCACUCUGCACGACCAGAACCAGGCUGCCCGGAGCUCGGAGCAGCACAGGGACAAGCCAAUCGGAAGAGCUUUCGCGUUGGUGCAGCCGCCCAGCGACAGAACAGCUUCCAUCCCAGAGCCGGUGAAGUCUACAGACGAACAGGUGGAGGUCAUCAAGGUUUAUCUGGAAGCCCGCAGACAGGAGCAGCAGAAACACCAGCAGAGCCUGAAGAUGCUGUCGGACGAAGUUUCCCAGAUUCAGGAGGUGAGGUACUGUCUGAAGACUCUGAGGGAGCAGAUGGCGGCUAAAAACAAGCCGCACACAAACGGGUGGAAGGUCAGCAUUCCCUUCAAAAAGAGCUCGGCUGCACCCAAAGGAGGCGCCAAGGCUGAUAUACAGGACGCAGAAGACGAGGCGGAGAGAACCAAGCUGAGGGAAGUCAGCAAACGCCUCUAUGCACAGCUGCAGGAGGCAGAGAAGAAACAUCUGGAGGAGAAAGAGAGGCUGCAGGCUGAAGGCAGCCGGCUCAGGGAGCAUCUGAGCGACCAGCAGGAGAAGCUGAAGCUCUCAGAGGAAGCCGGAGAGAGGAAAGACCAGCGCAUCGAGGAGCUGCAGAGGCUGCUGGGAGGGAUGGAGCAGGAGAGCGCCACCCUGAGGGAGGCCAUCCGCAACUGCGAGGACGAACUACGCGAGCUACGCAAGAUCAGAGAGGAGGGCCACCCCGAGGGGCAAAGGGCUGAGCAGCUGGAGAAGGAAGUGGCGAUUCUCAAGGAGAAGAUCCACCAUCUGGACGACAUGCUGAAGAGCCAACAGAGGAAAGUCAGACACAUGAUUGAACAGCUCCAGAACUCGCGCAUGGUGAUCCAGGAGCGGGACCGCGUGAUCAAAGAGCUGGAGGAGAAAGUGGCAUUCCUGGAGGCCGAGAACCGAGAAAUGCACGACCAGAUGGACUACUUCCUGGGAGGACAGAGGUCAAAUUCCUACCUUUCAUCAGAGCGUAACGCCCAGAUUGUCUACAGCAAACCCAUCAAGCUCUCCACCUCGUCCAACAAGCCGCUGCCCUUCAUCAAAGUCAUCGAGAUCAAGUCAUGAGGCGGCCGCUUGGGAGUUACCGUCGAGAAGAAGAAGGGCUCACAACCACCAAACCUUUUCUGUGCAGACUGAAACCAACCGUCAGCUCUACUAACUCACCUUUACGCCACUCGAAGGAAAACAACCUGGGCGACCGAGUAGCGAUUGUCAGCUUUAUUGUUCAUCUUGUCCUGAUUUGAGUUUAUGACCUUUGUGCAUUGAUACCAUGCAAAGUUCAGGAUGACUGACUCUUUGCCAAAGUUUUUAUAGUCCGUGCAGCAGCGUAGCAUCAACGUACCGCCGCUAACUCCGCUGUUAUGUGCAAAUCUUUAACCGGAUGAUCUGAAAUCUGUCGCCGGUGGCUCGACCUCGACUCUGUUCGCCUGCUGAGUGAACAGUGAGACGUGUAAAUACUGACUGGGGCCUCUAUAAAAGGUGAAACCCUGUGAUUUAUCUUGUAGUUGUAGGCGACUUUGAAGCAGUUUUUAAAUAACUACACGGUCUUUAAGCUCCCCAGUAACGACAUGGCACUUUACGGAAGCAGAAGGAAAACAUGAAGACGUUGACAGAAGCGUUGUUGUUCUUGUAAAGCAUUUCAGUUCCCCGUCAGUGUGGAAAGCUUCGUUUUGUUUUUGUACAUAUUAUUACUGAAUGUGAUGUUUUAAUUUCUAUCUAACGACUUUCUCCUUUGUAUUUAUUUAUAUAUAUUCACCUCUAGGCAGCCUGCUUGAUAGAGGAGCUUUUGUAUGAAGUACAUCCUAAUUCCGUUUCCUGUGUUGUUGUGGUUUUCAGAAUAAAAGUCCUGAAAAGUAA